AUGUCUGCAACCAAUGCUCCCGAGAUCCUGUGGGCCCAGCGCAGCAGCGCCGAGGAACCUGAAAAGAAUGUGGUGAUGCUUACCAUUAACGUUCCCAACCUGACCGAGGACAGCGUCAAGGUCGACCUGACCGCGUCGCACCUGCACUUUGAGGCGUCUGUGCCUGCGGACAGCGCCAAGGGCAUCGAGGGCAAGCACUACCUUUUUGACGUUGACUUUUUCGAGGAGAUCGAUGUCGCGCAGUCGAAGCAGCAUCUUACCCCCAAAUCGCUGUACAUGCUCUUGCGCAAGCAGCAGAGCAAGGACGAGUACUGGCCGCGCCUGACCAAGGAAAAGGUCCGUCUCCACAAUGUCAAGACCGACUUUAGCAAGUGGGUUGAUGAAGACGAGCAGGAUGGCGAGCAGCCAGAUGAUGUGGGCGGCAUGGGCGGCAUGCCCGACAUGGGCGGCAUGGGCGGCAUGGGCGGCAUGCCUGGCAUGGGCGGCAUGGGUGGCAUGCCCGGCAUGGGCGGUGCUGGUGGCGCCGGCGGCAUGGGCGGCCUCGAUCUCCAACAACUUAUGGCGAGCAUGGGCGGCGGUGCUGACGGUGCCGGCAUGCCGGACAUGAGCGCAUUUGCCGGCGAUGGUGCUGACAUGGAUGCUGGCGAAGAGGAUGGUGAGGAACCUGCCAUCGAGGAGGUAGAAGAGCCGACCAAGUAG